ACGCACGCCAAAACGGAAAAGCAAAGCAAAUGCGCGCCACGUGAGACCCACCGCUCCGAACGACAACCAACACGCCACACGAAGUGUCCAGCGCCCACCCACGCUCUAGAAAACAGCACCCUCUGACUGCAACACUUCCGCGCGUCUGAGUCUUGGCAAGCACCGCGAUCAACCACGCGGCACAACCUCAGCCGUUAUAGUGGGAGAGAGGGGUUAGAAGGACGGAAUCAUGCCGAAAAUGAGCGGUGCAUGGGAGAGCUUCUCAAGGUCCAGGAUGGCUACCCUCGCGGUAAACGCCCUCCUCCUCAGUGCCGGGUCGCCAUCUUCACGCGCAGUGGCGGCAGCGAGCGCAGCGCCGGGGUGGAGCGGACCGGCGGCGGCGGGGAAAAACAUGAUGCACCAAAUCACCCAUCAUCUUCGCUACCACACAACGGCGGCUGCAUCACCAUCAUCAUCAUCAUCCACGCCUCCGUCAGUCUCUUCCACAAGCGGGAAGUACCUACCGAGACAUCGUCGCGGCAAGGCAGGAGACAACCACGAGUGUGAGAGCAAGCGUGCAUCCGCCGAGGACCCUCAGAGGCGCUCGCGGCGCGGAGCGCAGCGAGGUGCUCUUCUUCCUCCCGGCCGCACAUCCACGCGGCAAAACAUGCGCAACAAGAACAGCAGCGGGACGGCUGGGUGGGUAGAAGCCGAGAGGAGGGAGGGGUUGGGGAACAAGGUGCCGGGCCUCAGGUCAGCAGUGGCAGCUGGAGCGGGCAGAGGAGAAGUAGGGGCUAGGCACGCAGCAGACGCAGCGGUCGGUUCGAAGCACUACAGGGGAUGGGGGUUGGCUGGGUGGGCGAAACGGUUGCGAGGAGAUACAGCGUCGUCGUCUUCAAGUCGUGACGACACGAGCAGCAGCAUUCGGCACAACCAGCAGCAACAGCAGCAGCAGCAGCAGCAGGAAUCCCUGUACGAGAGAACGGCUUCGGCGAUCAACACGGUGAUGAAAACCCCACCCGUGACUCCUGCUGUGGCAGGGGUAGCCACGGCAGCAUCGGCGGCUGCCUCUCCUUCCCCUGCACCGUCCUACCUCCGGUGGCCUUCCAAAACGGCGGCGGAAUCCAAGCAGCAAGGCGACGACGUCGAAGCGGACGGACAAAAUCGCGACAAGAUAGCGCUACCCAGGAGUACGAGACGCGCCGCAGGGAAGUCCAAUGAUGUCGCCACUAAGCCGUCCUCGGGAGAAGAAGAGGGUUCUUUGGGGGCGGCGAAAGCAUCUCGGGGGGGCGGCAGUGGCAGCGCUUCUGUCAGCUUAACGUUCACGGAGGCCAUGUUCGCCGGCGCGAUCAGCCGGUCUAUUGCGCAGACGUGCAUGCAGCCGGCGAACGUGGUGAAAACGCUGCUACAAGGGCGAGGCACGGCGUCGCAACUGUCGAACCUCUCCUUCAAGCUGCUUACCCGGGGAGCCGGCGCGCAGUUCGUCAUGAGUGUUCCGCACGGCGCGUUCAACUACGCCACCCUAGAGGUUAUCUUGGGAUGCUCGGCGAAGAUUUUCCCGGACGAGUGGAGGGAGCGGGCGGGGCCGGUUCUGGACUUCUUGUCUUCGAGCGUGGCCACCGUCGUGUGCUCGGUGGUCAGCACUCCCCAGAUGGUUCUCACCGAUCGAAUCAUGGCGGGGAUAUACCCCAACCUUGCCAGCGGUGUGCGUGAGAUUACCCGGACGCAAGGGUUGCCGGGCUUCUACGUUGGCUGGAGCGCGAACGUCGCGCAAAAAAUUCCAAGCUACGGCCUUACGUGGGUAUUCUUCCAGCAGUUCAAGCGCCUGCACCGCAAGGCCACCGACAGGCCCCCAACCAACACGGAGAACUUCGUGCUGGGGGCGGCCGCGGCGGGGGCAACAGUAUGCAUCAUGAUACCGAUGGACACGGUCAAGACGCGCCUGGUGACGCAGACCGCCCAGGCGGGAGUUGUGCCGUACAAGGGCGUUCUUCAGACCCUGACGAGGAUCGUGAGGGAGGAAGGAUUGGGCCCGAUCUACCGGUCGCUAACCCCUCGACUAGUGUCCGUCGUCCCGAUGAUUGGGAUACAGUUCGGGAUCUACGAAUUCGUGCGCAAAGAGAUUAUGAACCGCAAGGGUGAAGAGAAGAAGCCGCUAGACUGGCUGCACCCGGCCGUGCGGCGGACGCUUCGCAUUGGUGCCGACCGCGGCUCUAUGCAGCCAGAUUUCUUCAAGGACUUCUUGCGGAACGUGUAUCUCAUUGAGGAGGACAUGAUCUGAUGCAUGAAUACCUUACCAUGACUUGGGUGCGUCUUCCUGAGAAAGAGUUCAUUGAUAUGUUGCCUGCCUUUCGGUAACUUGCGUCAACGAAUAUUUUGGGGGUAACUCUAGCCGUGCAGUACAACGGGAUUCGUGAACAACUGCAGGUAGUGCAUCUUAUUUAAGACGACCAGAUUGCUGGCCCUUCCAUGCAGCACGCCUCGCUAGCGUAGCUGCGUGUAUGAAAAGUAGUGUCGGCAAGCUUUGGUUUCGAGUCCGUCGCUAUCCUCCACGUUGUAGGAUUGGGAUCAGCGCAAGAACCUUUGGCGUGUUCUCAGCAUGCUAUACAUGUACGGACCAAAGCUCGAAAUUUUGCUUGGUGUUUUUUUUUUAAUGUCGUCGCCACUCUUCUUGGAUCGUCUUCGUCUUCUUUACGUCCUUCCACUGCUUCGUUUGGCUAGCUUGCUGUCUGCAUUAGAUAGAAAAUAUUGUGUUUUGCUUGUCGUUCGUAGACCCGGUAGGCGGUAGAGGGAGGAGAUGGGUGUGGUUAGGGAGUGGUCGCGACACACAGCGACCCUACCUACUAUGGAGCAGGAGUGGGCGGCGAGCCUUGUGGUUCUACUGCUGCUGUGGCAUGAAGUUUUCUGUUUUUUGGGCAAAAUAUUAAUCGGAGGAGAAAACCGUUUCGGACGGAAAUCGAAAGCCAUUCCUCGGAUGACGGGCUGGCUUAAUCCAAGGUCUUUUGAGUGACUGGUGUCUUGACAUUUCGUUUGAACACGGGUGGCGUCCCGUGGCGUCCCGUUAAUGUUAGUUAAUGUUCUGAUUUGAUUGGUUAGCUGGGUGGUGGCUGGUCGACCGCAGUAGCUCAAUUGUGCACGUGUAUUCAUAACGUGGAGGUAGUCUUUGCCACUCGUGAUUCUUUUCUAUUUUUCGUUCAUCUUUCCCUCCCGGCCGCCGUCCCGCUAGUGGACGGGAGGCGAUUUCACCACCAGGCACCCGCCCCGCCCAAUGGG